AAAGAAGAGAUUCUAUCUUUGGGAGCCAAUUUCUGCCAGUGCCUGGAAUUCCUUUAUGACCAGACGAGAAGUUCAGGAUGUUUGCUGGCGGGGCGUAGUGUCACACUGUCUUGGGUGACAAGUCUCCUGUGUUAAUUUCAUGCUUCGGGAGGAACCAUGGCGUCCUCCAGGACUGCCACAAGGACACCUAGGUCUCCUCGGACCCCUCGGGACAUCGCUAAUGUGAUGCAAAGGCUGCAAGAUGAGCAAGAGAUAGUCCAAAAACGCACUUUCACAAAAUGGAUCAACUCUCAUCUGGCUAAGCGCAAACCCCCGAUGGUGAUAGAUGACCUCUUUGAAGAUAUGAAGGAUGGAGUUAAACUGCUUGCACUUCUGGAAGUCCUAUCAGGGCAGAAACUGCCUUGCGAACAAGGGCGUCGGAUGAAGCGGAUCCAUGCUGUGGCAAACAUCGGCACAGCGCUCAGGUUCCUUGAAGGAAGGAAGUCCAUUUACAGAGGAUCACCGAUAAAGUUAGUCAACAUUAACGCCACAGAUAUAGCUGAUGGCCGGCCUGCAAUUGUCCUGGGAUUGGUGUGGACCAUUAUCCUCUAUUUCCAGAUAGAGGAGUUGACCAGUAACCUGCCAGCGCUACAGUCUUUGUCCAGUAGUGCUUCCUCCGUGGACAGCACUCUCAGCUCCGAGACAGCCAGUCCCCCCAGUAAAAGGAAAGUGGCCACCAAGAUCCAGGGAAAUGCUAAGAAGGCUUUAUUGAAGUGGGUUCAGUUCUCAGCAGCCAAGCAGACUGGAAUAGAAGUGAAGGACUUUGGGCGGAGUUGGCGAAAUGGAAUUGCCUUUCAUUCAGUCAUUCAUGCUAUCCGGCCAGAGCUCGUGGAUUUGGAAAAGAUAAAGGGAAGAUCCAAUCGAGAAAACCUGGAAGAAGCUUUCACCAUUGCUGAACUGGAACUGGGGAUCCCACGCUUACUAGAUCCAGAAGAUGUUGAUGUGGAUAAACCAGAUGAGAAGUCCAUCAUGACCUACGUGGCCCAGUUUCUGAAACACUAUCCUGACAUUUACAACACAGGCGCUGAUGAAUUGGAUAAUGAUGAAAUAUUUUCAACUUUUCCAACCUUUGCAAAUAGUACCCCUUAUUUAAAGAGAGAAGAAAGGCUAGUUUUGAAGGAAACAAAAGUCUGGAUCGACCAAUUUGAAAGGGAUUUGACAAGGGCACAGGUGGCAGAAUCAAAUUUACAGGAUAAAUACCAGUCAUUUAAACACUUCAGGGUUCAAUACGAGAUAAAAAGGAAACAGGUUGAACAUUUAAUACAGCCUUUACACAGAGAUGGCAAAUUGUCACUUGACCAAGCUCUGGUGAAACAGUCCUGGGAGAGAGUGUCCUCCAGGCUCUUUGAUUGGCACAUACAGCUUGAUAAAUCUCUUCCUGCUCCUCUGGGUACCAUAGGUGCCUGGUUAUACAGAGCAGAAGUGGCUUUAAGAGAGGAAAUAGCCAUUCACCAGGCCCAUGAGGAAACAGCAAACACAAUCCAACGGAAACUUGAGCAACACAAGGAUCUGCUGCAAAACACAGAUGCCCAUAAAAGAGCAUUCCAUGAGAUCUACCGGACCAGGACUGUUAAUGGAAUCCCUGUGCCUGCCGAUCAGCUAGAGGACAUGGCUGAGAGGUUUCAUUUUGUUUCCUCCACGUCUGAGCUACACUUAAUGAAAAUGGAAUUUCUAGAAUUAAAGUACCGUCUGCUCUCACUGCUAGUUCUUGCAGAGUCGAAGCUGAAGUCUUGGAUCAUCAAGUAUGGCAGGCGAGAGUCUGUGGAGCUGCUUCUGCAGAACUAUAUCUCUUUUAUAGAAAAUAGCAAGUUCUUUGAACAAUACGAAGUGACUUACCAGAUCUUGAAACAGACAGCUGAGAUGUAUGUCAGAGCUGAUGGCUCAGUGGAAGAGGCUGAGAAUGUGAUGAAAUUCAUGAAUGACACCACUGUCCAGUGGAGGAACCUCUCGGUAGAAGUCAGGAGUGUAAGGAGCAUGCUGGAGGAAGUAAUUGCCAACUGGGAUCGUUAUGGCAACACUGUGGAUAGCCUUCAAGCCUGGCUAGAGGAUGCUGAAAAAAUGCUGAGUGAAUCAGAACUUGCCAAAAAGGACUUUUUUCGAAAUUUGCCUCAUUGGAUUCAACAACACACAGCCAUGAAUGAUGCCGGCAACUUUCUCAUUGAAACAUGUGAUGAGAUGGUUUCCCGAGAUCUGAAACAGCAAUUACUCUUGCUGAACGGGAGAUGGAGAGACCUGUUUAUGGAAGUCAAGCAAUAUGCUCGAGCUGAUGAAAUGGACAGAAUGAAGAAAGAAUAUUCUGAUUGUGUCACUACCUUGACUGACUUUGCAACUGAAGCGCAUAGAAAAUUUUCAGAACCCUUAGACGUCUCUUUUAUGAAUGUCAAGCUAUUCAUUCAAGACUUGGAGGAUAUUGAGCAGAGGAUGCCUGUGAUGGAUGCACAGUACAAGAUAAUCACAAAGACGGGUCACCUCAUCACCAAAGAGAGCUCUCAAGAGGAGGCCAAGGAGAUGUUGACCACCAUGACCAGGCUCAAAGAGCAGCUCGCCAAGGUCAAAGAAUGUUGCCCUACGCUCCUUUCUGAGUCUCAGCAGCUGUUGGUUCCAUUGGAGGAACUGGAGAAGCAGAUGACUUUCUUCUAUGAGUCACUCGGGAAGAUCAAUGAAAUUAUCACUGUUCUAGAACGCGAGUCCCAAUCUAGUGCUCUUUUCAAACAAAAGCAUCAGGAACUGUUAGCUUGCCAAGAAGGCUGUAAGAAGACCAUGACCUUGAUAGAGAAAGGCAGUCAAAGUGUGCAGAAGUUUGUGACCUUGAGCAACAGGCUAAAGCAUUUUGACCAGACAAAGCUUCAGAGACAGAUGGCAGAUGUCCAUGUUGCUUUUCAGAAUAUGGUCAAGAAGACUGGAGAUUGGAAGAAACAUGUGGAAACCAACAGUCGCUUGAUGAAGAAAUUUGAAGAGUCUCGAGCUGAACUGGAGAAGGUGCUGCGGAUUGCUCAGGAGGGUUUGAAGGAAAAGGGAAACCCAGAGGAGCUUCUGAAGAAACACACUGAGUUUUUCAGUCAGCUGGACCAGAGGGUGCUGAAUGCUUUCCUGAAGGCUUGCGAUGAGCUCACAGACAUUCUCCCAGAGCAGGAGCAGCAAGGCCUACAGGAAGCUGUGAGGAAGCUCCACAAACAGUGGAAGGAUCUUCAAGGAGAAGCCCCCUACCAUUUGCUUCAUCUGAAGAUUGACGUGGAAAAGAAUAAAUUCUUGGCCUCCGUCGCAGAAUGCAGAGCAGAGCUAGACCGAGAGACCAAGCUGGUGUCCCAGGAGGGCAGUGAAAAGCUAAUUAAAGAACACCGGCUUUUCUUCAGUGACAAGGGCCCUCAUCAUGUCUGUGAGAAAAGGUUACAACUUGUUGAAGAAUUGUGCAUGAAGCUCCCAGUCCGGGACCCAGUGAGGAAUACGCCAGAGACUUGUCAGGCAACCCUCAAGGAGCUCAGGACAGCCAUUGACAGCACCUAUGCACAGCUGAUGGAUGACCCAGACAAAUGGAGGGACUUUACUAGCAGAAUUUCUGACUUAGCUUCUUGGAUAUCUGCGAAGGAAACACAACUGAAGGGGAUUGAGAGUGAAACCAUUGAUACUGCCAACCUUGGUGAGGUGAAACAGUCUGUGGAGGAGAUCAGAAAUGGUGUUACCAAAAAUGGAGAGACACUCAGUUGGCUGAAAUCCAGACUUAAGAUCUUGACUGAGGUUUCUUCUGAGAAUGAAGCUCAAAGGCAAGGAGAUGAAGUCGCCAAGCUUUCUAGUUCCUUCAAGGCUCUUGUGGCUUUGUUGUCAGAGGUUGAAAAGAUGUUAAGCAACUUUGGGGACUGUGUCCAGUACAAAGAGAUAGUCAAAAGUUCCCUUGAAGAUUUAAUUUCUGGCUCUAAGGAAGUCCAGGAAGAAGCUGAGAAGAUCUUGGACACUGAAAACCUUUUUGAAGCCCAGCAGUUACUUCUUCAUCACCAGCAAACGACAAAGAGGAUCUCUGCAAAGAAGAGGGACGUGCAGCAGCAGAUCGCGCAGGCCCAGCAGGGCGAGAAGGGGCUGGCUGGAGGAGUCCGGGAGGAGCUUCAGAAGCUGGAGAGCACCCUGGAAGGCAUGGAGCACGGCCGGGAGAAGCAGGAACGCCGGAUCCAAGUUACAUUGAGAAAAUGGGAACGAUUUGAAACCAACAAAGAGACAGUGGUCAGAUAUCUUUUUCAAACAGGUUCCAGCCAUGAGCGCUUCUUGAGUUUUAGCAGUUUGGAAAGCUUAUCUUCAGAACUGGAACAGACAAAGGAGUUUUCUAAAAGAACAGAAGGAAUUGCCAUCCAGGCCGAGAAUCUUGUGAAGGAAGCUGCUGAGAUACCGCUGGGGCCCAAGAAUAAGCAGUUGCUUCAGCAACAAGCAAAGUCAAUCAAAGAGCAAGUCAAAAAGUUAGAAGACACACUUGAAGAAGAUAUUAAAACCAUGGAAAUGGUGAAAAACAAGUGGGAUCAUUUUGGCAAUAAUUUUGAGACCUUGUCUACCUGGAUAACUGAGAAAGAAAAAGAACUCAAUGCCUUGGAAACUUCAUCAUCUGCUAUGGACAUGCAGAUCAACCAAAUUAAGGUCAUUAUUGAGGAAAUAGAAAGUAAGAGCUGCAGCAUGACAGGACUCGAAGAAGAAGCUCAGUCUUUUGCCCAGUUUAUUACAACUGGAGAAUCUGCUCGAAUCAAAGCCAAGUUGACCCAAAUAAGAAGGUACUGGGAAGAGCUCAGAGAACACGCCAAGUGUCUGGAAGGAACAAUGCUGGGACAUUUAUCCCAACAGCAGAAGUUUGAAGAGAAUCUUCACCAGAUCCUACAGUCUGUGUCUGAAUUUGAAGAGAAACUUGCUGAUCCAAUUAAAAUAUGUUCUUCAGCUACAGAAACAUACAAAGUUCUUCAAGAGCAUAUGGACAUCUGUCAGUCUCUGGAGUCCUUGGCCAGUGCAGUGGCUGCUGUCUCUGCCAGUGCCCGCAAGAUCCCUAGCAGAGAGUCCUCACUAAAGGAGGCAGCUGAGCUGCAGCAGAGGUACCAGGGGAUACUGAGUCAGGCUAAGGACAGGCAGAUGGUCCUGGAGAAGCUGCUAGCCCACUGGCAGAGGUUAGAGAAGGAACUGUCAACCUUUAUGACCUGGUUAGAGCGGUGUGAAGCCAUAGCCAGUUCCCCGGAGAUGGAAAUUUCUGCAGACAGAGUCAAAGUGGAAAGUGAACUUCAGUUGACACAGGCACUGCAAAAUGAAGUUGUAUCCCAGGCCUCCACGUAUAGCAAUCUUUUGCAACUGAAGGAAAUACUCUUCUCUGUGGCCUCCAAAGAUGAUGUCAAGGUGAUGAAACUACAUUUGGAGCAGCUGGACGAGCGAUGGAGAGAUUUGCCACAGAUCAUUAGCAAGAGGAUUAAUUUUCUUCAGUCUGUGGUUGCUGAGCACCAGCAAUUUGAUGAACUGCUGCUCUCCUUCUCUGUCUGGAUCAAGCUAUUUCUCAAUGAAUUACAAACAUCUUCGGAGAUCAAUAUGACGGACCACCAUGCAGCUCUCACUAGGCACAAGGACCACGCGGCCGAGGUGGAGAGCAAACGGGGCGAGCUGCAGAGCUUGCGGGCUCACCUGGCAAAGCUGUGCGCCCUGGGCCGCGCCGAGGACCACCAUCUCCUGCAGGGCAAGGCGGAGGACUGUUUCCAGCUGUUCGAAGAGGCCAGCCAGGUGGUGCAGAGGCGGCAGCUGGCCCUGGCGCAGCUGGCUGAGUUCCUGCACAGUCAUGCCUCUCUGGUAGGGCAGCUGCACCGGCUGAGGCAGGCCGUGGAGGCCACGCACAGCAUGAGCAAGAAGCAGUCGGCCGCGCUCAAGAAGGACCUGGGUGGGGCCGUCCGAGAUGCAAAGGCCCUGGGGUCUGCUGCCAUCGGGCUGGAUGGCACCCUCACCAAAGCCCAAUACCGUCUGAAAAGCGGGGGUUCAGAGCAGAGGACCUCCUGCAGGACUGCGGCCGAUCACCUCAGUCUGGAGCUUGAGAAGAUCCAGAAUCUUCUGGGAAGCAAGCAGAGCGAGGCGGAGGCCCUGGCUGCGCUGAGAAGAGCCUUCCAAGACCAGAGAGAGGAGCUCCUGAAGAGCCUCGAGGACAUAGAGGAACGGGCCGACAGGGAGCAGGGGAAAGAACCAGCCCGCCACGCCCUCCCGCAGAGGUUGAGAGUCUUCAAUCAGUUAGAAGAUGAAUUGAAUUCUCAUGAGCAUGAGCUUUGUUGGUUGAAAGACAAAGCUAAGCAAAUUGCCCAGAAAGAUGUAGCAUUGGCACCUGAAGUUGAUAGGGACAUAAACCGCCUAGAAGUAAUGUGGGAUGAUACCAAAAAAUUAAUUCAUGAAAACCAGAGUCAGUGCAGUGGACUCAUUGACUUAGUAAGAGAAUAUCAAAACUUCAAGUCAGCUGUAUCAAAAGUCCUAGAAAACGCCAGCAAUGUGAUUGCUAUCAGAACUACUAUAAAAGAUCAGGAGGAUCUUAAAUGGACUUUAUCUAAGCAUGAAACUGCCAAGAAUGAAAUGUAUAAUAAACAGAAAGAACUGGAUAGCUUUACCAGCAAAGGAAAACAGUUGCUGUCUGAGCUGAAGAACAUUCACAGUGGUGAUUUUGUCUUGGUGAAAACAGACAUGGAAAGUGCUGUGGACAAAUGGUUGGAUGUCUCUGAAAAAAUCGACGAGAACAUGGACAGGCUAAGGGCCAGUCUGUCCAUCUGGGACAAUGUGCUUUCAAGUAAAGAAGACAUUGAUGGAUGGUCGAACAAUUCAGUUCCACAGCUGGCUGACAGCAUCAACAAUCUGAACAACAGCCUCAAAGCAGAAAAAUUUCUCAAGGAAUUUGAGUCUGAAGUUAAAAGCAAAGCACUGAAAUUGGAAGACCUUCAUUCUAAAGUGAAUGAUCUUAAAGAAUUAACUAAAAAUCCAGAAACACCACCAGACCUUCAGUUUAUAGAAGCAGACUUAAGGCAGAAACUGGAGCAUGCCAAAGAAAUUACUGAAGAAGCAAAAGGAACGUUGAAAGAUUUCACUGCUCAAAGUACUCAAGUGGAGAAAUUUAUCAAUGAGCUAACAACUCAGUUGACAAAACUAGAAGAAUCAUUGAUGAACUGUGCCCAAACUGAGACUUGCGAAGGGCUGCAGAAAGUGAAGGAAGUACAAAAAGAACUUCAAAGCCAGCAAAGCAGCAUUAGCUCAACCCAAGAAAAUCUCAACGGUCUGUGCCGCAAGUACCACUCGGUGGAGCUUGAGAGGCUGGGCAGUGCACUGACGGGACUCAUCAAGAAACAUGAAGCCGCGAGCCAGCUGUGCUCCAGAACCCAGGCCAGCCUGCAGGACUCUCUGGAGAAACACUUCAACGAGUCGAUGCAGGAAUUCCAGGAAUGGUUUUCUGGAAUAAAAGCAGCAGCUAGAGCAUCGUCAGAUAGAACUGGUGACAGCAAAGUUCUAGAGGCAAAGCUCCAAGAUCUUCAGAACAUUCUGGACUCAGUGAGAGAUGGGCAGAGCAAGCUGGAUGCUGUGACCCAGGAGGGACAAACAUUGUAUGCACAUUUGUCUAAACAAGUGGUCAGUAGCAUUCAGGAGCAAAUUACGAAGGCUAAUGAGGAAUUCCAAGCAUUCCUGAAACAGUGCCUUAAAGACAGACAAGCUCUGCAGGACUGCGCCUUAGAGCUCGGGAGUUUUGAGGAUCAACACAGAAAACUGAACUUAUGGAUUCAUGAAAUGGGUGAAAGAUUAAGUACAGAAAACCUAGGAGAGACUAAACAGCACAUUCCAGAGAAGAAAAAUGAAGUCCGUAAAGUUGAAAUGUUUCUGGGAGAACUAUUGGCUGCAAGAGAGUCACUUGAUAAGCUUUCCCAGCGAGGACAGCUCCUCAGUGAGGACGGCCGUGGGGGUGGCAAGGAGGGGCGACUCUGCUCCCAGCUCUUCUCUACCUACCAGAACCUGCUCAGAAUGACCAAGGAGAAGCUCCGGGGCUGUCAGCUGGCCCUGCAGGAGCAUGAGGGGCUGGAGGAGGCCCUGCAGGGCAUGUGGUCCUGGGUGAAAGGAGUGCAGGACAGACUGUCCUGCGCAGAGAGCACGACCGGAAGCAAGGAUGCCCUGGAAAAACGACUCUCCCAAAUCCAGGAUAUUCUUCUGAUGAAAGGGGAAGGGGAAGUUAAAUUGAAUAUGGCGAUUGGCAAAGGAGAACAGGCCUUGAGAAGUAGCAACAAAGAGGGCCAGAAGGUGAUUCAGACUCAGCUUCAGACCCUGAAAGACGUGUGGGCUAACAUCAUGAGCUCUGCAGUCUAUGCUCAGAGCACUUUGGAGUCCGUGAUCAGUCAGUGGAAUGACUAUCUAGAAUGGAAAAACCAACUGGAGCAGUGGAUGGAGUCUGUGGAUCGGAAAGUAGAACACCCCUUAGAACCGCAGCCGGGGCUGAAAGAGAAGUUCGCCCUUCUGGACCAUUUUCAGGGCAUUGUGUCAGAGGCAGAAGACCAUGUGGGAGCCCUGCACCGCCUCACCGCAAAAGCCAGGGAGCUCUUCCAGAAAACUGAAGACGAGUCUCUCAAGGAAGCUGCCCAGGAGGAACUAAAAACACAGUUUAAUGACAUAACCACGGUUGCCAAGGAGAAGAUGCGGAAGGUGGAAGAGCUGGUGAAAGAUCACCUCAUGUAUCUGGAUGCAGUCCAGGAAUUCACUGAUUGGCUUCAUUCAGCAAAGGAAGAGCUUCAUCGCUGGUCAGAUAUGUCUGGAGAUUCCUCGGCCACUCAAAAAAAGUUGUCCAAAAUUAAGGAGCUGAUGGAUUCCAGAGAGAUUGGUGCGAGCCGCCUGGGCCGAGUGGAGGCGCUGGCCCCGGCCGUGAAACAGAACACAAGCGCCGGUGGGUGUGAGCGGCUGGACACAGAGAUGCAGGCCCUGCGUGCCGACUGGAAGCAGUGGGAAGACAGUGUGCUGCAGACGCAGAGCAGCCUGGAGAACCUGGUGAGCCAGAUGGCCCUCUCUGAGCAGGAGUUCUCUGGUCAAGUGGCUCGGCUGGAAGAAGCCCUGGGACAGUUCCAUGCCCUGCUGAGCACCUGGGCCCAGGAAUUAACCCUCCUGGAAGGCAAGAACACAGACGCGGAGAUAGUGGAAUCCUGGCAGAAAGGACAAGAGAUACUCGAUGCACUUCAUAAAGCAGAACCUAAGACCGAGGAUCUCAAGUCUCAAUUGAAUGAACUUUGUCGAUUUUCCAGGGACCUGAGCACAUACAGUGGGAAGGUUUCUGGCUUGAUUAAAGAAUAUAAUCGCCUUUGCUUACAAGCUUCCAAGGGCUGUCAGAAUAAAGAGGAGAUUUUACAGCAAAGGUUUCGAAGAGCCUUCAAGGAUUUCCAGCAAUGGUUGGUUAAUGCAAAAAUCACUACAGCCAAAUGUUUUGAUAUACCUCAAAAUAUUAAUGAAGUUUCAACUAGUCUUCAAAAAAUACAGGAAUUUUUGUCAGAAAGUGAAAAUGGACAGCAUAAGCUAAACAUGAUGCUAUCAAAAGGUGAACUUUUGAGUACUUUGUUGACCAAAGAAAAAGCUAAUGGCAUCCAAGCCAAAAUUGCAUCUGCAAAAGAAGAUUGGAAAAAUUUUCAUUCAAAUCUCCACCAAAAGGAAUCUGCCCUGGAGAAUCUAAAGGUCCAGAUGAAGGACUUUGAAGUCAGUGCGGAGCCUCUGCAGGAGUGGCUGAGCAAAACUGAGAAGAUGGUUCACGAAAGCAGCAAUCGGCUCUACGACCUGCCGGCCAAGAGGCGAGAGCAGCAGAAGCUCCAGUCUGUCCUUGAGGAAAUAAAGUGCUACGAGCCUCAGCUCAACAGGCUCAAAGAGAAAGCUCAGCAGCUGUGGGAAGGACAAGCUGCCAGCAAGAGCUUUAUGCACAGAGUGUCGCAGCUGGCCUCUCAGUAUCUAGCACUAAGCAACCUAACCAAGGAGAAAGUGUCGAGGUUGGAUCGGAUUGUGGCCGAGCACCAGCAGCUCUCGCUCGGGAUGAAGGAGCUGCAAGACUGGAUGACGGAUGCUGUACACAUGCUGGACUCUUACUGCCACCCCACAUCGGAUAAGAGCGUGCUGGACAGCCGGCUGCUCAAACUCGAGGCGCUGUUAUCAGUGAAGCAGGAAAAGGAGAUCCAGAUGAAGAUGAUCAUGACCAGGGGCGAGUCUGUCCUGCAGAACACCUCUCCCGAGGGCUCGCCGGCACUGCUGCAGCAGCUGCAGGCUGUGAAGGACACCUGGGCCUCCCUUCUGUCCACAGGAAUUCGGUGUAAGAGUCAACUCGAAGGAGCUCUUUCUAAGUGGACCAGCUAUCAGGAUGACGUUCGACAGUUUUCCAGCUGGAUGGACAGCGUGGAAGCCAGCCUGGAGGAUUCUGAACGGCAGCGGGCAGAGCUACGGGAGAAGACUGCUGCCCUGGGGAACGCCAAGUUAUUGAAUGAAGAAGUGCUAAGUCACAGUACGUUGAUGGAGACCAUAGAAGCCAAAGGGGCUGCCAUGACCGAGCACUAUGUCACCCAGCUGGAAUUCCAGGAUCUACAGGAGCGAUAUAGAGCCAUCAAAGAGAGAGCUGAGGAAGCCAUCACCAAAUCUGAAAAACUCGUUCGCCUACAUCAAGAGUAUCAGCGAAACCUGCAGGCUUUUGAGGUUUGGCUGCGGCAAGAGCAAGAAAAACUGGAUCGAUACUCAGUUCUUGAAGGAGAUGCACAGACCCAGGAGACAACAUUGCGGGAUCUUCAGGAACUCCAGGUACGCUGUGCGGAGGGCCAGGCGCUGCUGAACUCGGCACUGCACGCCAGAGAGGAUGUGAUCCCCUCGGGCCUUCCGCAGACAGAGGAUCGGGCCUUGGAAUCGCUCCGCCAGGAUUGGCAGGCUUACCAGCAGAGGCUGUUGGAAACCCGGACUCAGUUCAAUAAUGUCGUGAACAAGCUGCGGCUCAUCGACCAGAAGUUUCAGCAAGUGGAUGAAUGGCUGAAACCCCUGGAGGAGAAAGUGAGUCUCAGAAGCGGACGUCAGUCCAACCGGGCUGCCAAGGAGAUGCAGUUACAUCAGAUGAAGAAGUGGCAUGAGGGAGUCGUUGCCUACAGGGAUGAAGUGGAGGAGGUUGGAGCUCGGGCACAGGAGAUCCUUGACGAGAGGCGUGUGAGCAGCCGUCUGGGCUGCCAGGCCACUCAGCUCACAUCCAGAUACCAGGCCCUUCUCCUACAAGUGCUGGAACACAUCAAAUUCCUGGAGGAAGAGAUCCAGAGUUUGGAAGAAUCGGAAUCAUCCCUAAGUUCCUAUUCAGACUGGUUCCACUCGACGCAGAAAAACUUCAAGAACGUGGCUGUCAAAAUUGACAAAGUGGAUAAGGCGAUGAUGGGGAAAAAAAUGAAGGCUUUGGAGGGCUUGCUGAAAGACAUGGAGAAAGGCCACAGUUUGCUGAAAUCGGCUCGGGAGAAAGGCGAGCAAGCACUGCAGUACUUGGAGGAUGGAGAGGCAGAAACACUGCGGCAAGAGAUCCACAGUCACAUGGAGCAGCUGAAGGAGCUGACCAGCACAGUCCGGAAGGAGCACAUGACUGUGGAGAAAGGCCUGCAUUUGGCCAAAGAGUUCUCGGAUAAAUACAAAGCACUGACACAAUGGAUAGCAGAGUCCCAAGAGAUCCUACAGGGUCCGGAAGAAGCCAAGAUGGAGCUAUAUGAGAAAAAAGCUCAGUUGUCCAAAUACAAGUCACUUCAACAAAUGGUGCUGUCCCAUGAGCCCUCUGUAAAAUCCGUGCAAGAAAAAGGAGAAGCUCUUCUGGAACUGGUGCAGGAUGUUACUUUAAAGGACAAAAUCGAUCAACUGCAAAGUGAUUACCAGGCCCUCUGCACUUCAGGAAAGGAGCAUGUUUGCAGUCUUGAAGUCAAAGUUAAGGACCACGAAGAUUACAACAGUGAGCUCCAAGAGGUGGAGAAGUGGCUCUUGCAAAUGUCGGGCAGGCUGGUGGCACCAGAUCUCAUGGAGACUGGCAGUCUGGAGACCAUCACGCAACAACUCGCCCACCACAAGGCAAUGAUGGAAGAAAUUGCUGGUUUUGAAGAACGUUUGGACAAUCUUAAAAUGAAAGGCGACAACUUGAUCAGCCAAUGUGCAGACCACCUUCAAGCGAAACUGAAACAGAAUGUGCAAGGACAUCUGCAGGGCACGAAGGAUAGUUACUCCGCCAUCUGCAGCACAGCCCAGAGGGUGUACCAGAGUCUGGAACACGAGCUUCAGAAGCACGUGAGCCGACAGGACACUCUCCAGCAGUGCCAGGCCUGGCUCUCCGCGGUGCAGCCUGACUUGCAACCCAGUCCACAUCCUCCUCCGAGCAGAGCAGAAGCCAUGAAACAGGUCAAACACUUCCGAGCUUUGCAAGAACAGGCCAGGACCUACUUAGAUCUCCUGUGUUCCAUGUGUGACCUGUCAAACUCCUCAGUGAAAGCCACGGCCAAAGACAUUCAACAAACAGAGCAAAAGAUUGAAGAAAGACUGACCCAGGCACAGAACCUCACUCAGGGCUGGGAGGAAAUCAAGCGCCUGAAAGCUGAGCUUUGGAUUUAUCUCCAGGAUGCUGACCAGCAGUUGCAGAACAUGAAGAGGAGACAUUCAGAGCUGGAGCUCAAUAUUGCUCAGAAUAUGGUUUCCCAAGUCAAGGAGUUUGUUAAGAAGCUGCAAAGCAAACAGGCUUCGGUGGCAGCGAUUACGGAAAAGGUGAAUAAGUUAACGAAGCAGCAGGAGUCCCCUGAACACAAGGAGAUCGCCCAUCUGAACGACCAGUGGCAGGAGCUAUGUGGCCAGGCCAGCGCACUGAGUCUGCAGAGGGAAGAGGACCUUCAGAGGACAAGAGAUUACCACGAGCGCAUGAACGUUGUGGAAGCCUUCUUAGAAAAAUUCACGACGGAAUGGGAUAGCUUGGCCAGGACUGAUGCAGAGAGCACUGCAACCCACCUGGAUGUGCUGAAACAGCUGACGUUGUCGAUGCAGGAGCAAGAGCCGGCCGUGGAGGAGCUGAAGGCCCAAAAGCAGAAGCUGAUGGAGCAUCUGAACUUAGAUGACCAGGAGCUAGUCAAGGAGCAGACGGGCCACCUGGAGCAGCGCUGGCGGCAGCUCGAGGACCUGGUGAAGCGGAAAAUCCAGGUGUCCGUCAACAACCUGGAGGAACUGAACGUGGUGCAGGCGCGGCUCCGGGAACUGAUGGAGUGGGCAGUGGAGCAGCAGCCCGGCAUGGCCGAGGCCCUGCAGCAGAGCCCGCCACCCGACAUGGCUCAGAGCCUUCUCCUGGACCACCUCUCCCUCUGCAGUGAGCUGGAGGCCAAACAGAUCCUCCUCAAGUCCCUCACCAAGGACGCCGACAGGGUGAUGGCUGAUCUGGGCCUCAACGAGCGCCAGGUCAUCCAGAAGGCCCUGUCUGAGGCCCAAGGGCACGUGAACUGCCUUGGCGACUUAGUGGGCCAGAGACGCAAGUACCUGAACAAGGCGCUGUCUGAGAAAACCCAGUUCCUCAUGGCUGUGUUCCAGGCCACCAGCCAAAUCCAGCAACACGAGCGGAAGAUCAUGUUCCGGGAUCACAUCUGCCUCUUGCCAGAUGAUGUGAGCAAACAGGUGAAAACGUGCAAGGGGGCCCAGGCCAGCCUCAAGACGUACCAGACGGAAGUCACGGGCCUGUGGGCCCAGGGCCGGGAUGUGAUGAAAGGGAUCACAGAGCAGGAGAAGACAGAGGUGCUGGGGAAACUGCAAGAACUACAGAGUGUCUAUGAUAGCGUUCUCCACAAGUGCAGUCAGCGGCUGCAGGAGCUGGAGAAGAGUUUGGUGUCCAGGAAGCACUUUAAGGAAGAUUUCGAUAAAGCCUGCCACUGGCUCAAGCAGGCGGACAUCGUCACGUUCCCCGAAAUCAACCUCAUGAACGAGAGCACCGAGCUGCAGACGCAGCUGGCCAGGUACCAACACAUCCUGGAGCAGUCUCCGGAGUACGAGAACCUCCUGCUGACGCUGCAGCGAGCCGGCCAGGCCAUCCUGCCCACGCUGAACGAAGUGGACCACGCCUACCUCAGCGAGAAGCUCAGUGCCUUGCCCCAGCAGUUCAACGUCAUCGUGGCUUUGGCCAAAGACAAGUACUACAAAGUGCAGGAGGCCACGCUGGCGCGGAAGGAGUAUGCAUCACUCAUCGAGCUCACCAGCCAGUCACUGCAGGACCUGGAAGAGCGUUUCCUGCAAAUGAGCCGAGUCCCAACGCAGCUGGCCACGGAGGAGGCCCUGGCCCUCCAGGAGGCCUGCAGGACCCUCGUGGGCGAGGUGGCCGGCCUCGGCGCCGCCGUGGACGAGCUGAACCAGAAGAAGGAAAGCUUUCGCAGCACCGGGCAACCGUGGCUGGCGGACAAGAUGUUGCAGCUGCUCACCUCGUACCACAGGCUGAAGCGACAGACGGAGCAAAGGCUCAGCUUCCUGGAGGACACCGUGGGCGCGUACCAGGAGCACGAGAAGUUGCAGCAGCAGCUGCAGAAGCAGCUGGAGGCCGUGAGGGCCGAGCAGGGCAAAGUGAACGAGGAGACGCUGCCCGCGGAGGAGAAGCUCCAGAUGUACCACGCGCUGGCGGGCAGCGUCCAGGAUUCGGGGACCCUGCUGAAGCGCGUGGCCGAGCACCUGGAAGAGCUGCUCCCCCACCUGGACCCCGGCGCCCACCAACGGGCCCAGCUGCAGCUGGACGCCUGGCGCGAGGAACUGCGGGGACUGACCGCGGCCAUCGGCGUCACGGUGACCGAGUGCGAGCGUCGCCUGGUGCAGAGCCGCGACUUCCAGACGGAGAUGAGCCGCUCCCGGGACUGGCUGAGGGGCGUCAAGGAAGAGCUGGGCGGGCCGCUGGGCCUGGAGCUGAGCCUGCAGGAACUGCAGGAGGAGAUCAGGAAGAUGCAGAUCCAGCAGGAGGAGGUGCAGUCGCGCCUGCGCAUCAUGCAGGCGCUGAGCGACAAGGAGACGGAGCGCGUGGCCCGGGCCAAGGAGCUGGUGUCGCCCGAGCUGCAGCGCACCCUGGCCGAGCUGGCCGAGUUGCAGAGCGCCGUGGAGGAAGCGCUGCGCGCCCGGCAGGCUACCUUGACUGAAAUAUACGGUCAAUGUCAAAGGUACUAUCAAGUGUUCCAAGCGGCUAAUGAUUGGCUGGAGGAUGCCCAGGAAAUGAUGCAGCUCACAGGCCACGGCCUGGAUGUGGAGAGUGCAGAGGAGAAUCUCAAAAGUCACAUGGAGUUUUUCAGCACAGAGGCUCAGUUUCAAAGUAAUCUGGAGGAGCUCCAAGGCUUGGUGGCCAACCUGGACCCCCUCAUCAAGCCCAGCGGGAAAGAGGGUCUGGCCCAGAAACUGGCAUCCCUGCAAGAGAAGAGCCAGAGACUCACGCAGGACUCCCACGCCCAGUUAGAUCUCCUGCAGAGAUGCACAGUCCAGUGGCAGGAUUACCAGAAAGCCAGGGAAGAGGUUAUCACAUUGAUGAAUGAUGCGGAAAAGAAGUUGUCUGAGUUUUCGCUGUUGAAAACGUCUUCUGGUCAGGAAGCAGAAGGGAAAUUGUCAGAGCACAAGGACUUAGUGUCACUAGUGAACUCUUUCCAUGAGAAAAUUGUGGCCCUUGAAGAGAAGGCUUCACAUCUGGAAAAGGCUGGCAGUGACGCCAGCAAGGCCACCAUUGGCAGGUCCACGACCACCGUGUGGCAGCGCUGGGCACGUCUCCGUGCAGUGGCCCAGGACCAGGAGAAGAUUCUGGAAGAUGCUGUGGAUGAGUGGAAGAGUUUUAACAGCAAGGUUAAGAAAGCUACGGAAAAGAUUGAUGAGCUGCAAGACAAAUUGCCUGGAAGUUCAGCAGAGAAAGCUUCAAAAACUGAGCUCAUAAGUCUCCUGGAAUCUCAGGACACCUUCUUCCUGGAGCUGGAGGAACAGCAGGCGGCCUUGGGCAUGUUGCAGCAACAAGCUCUGAGCAUGCUCCAGGAUGGGACCACCCCCUCCACUGGGGAAGAGUUACCCCCAGUGCAGGAAAUCACAGCAAUGCAAGAUCGGUGCUUAAACAUGCAGGAGAAAAUAAAAAGCAACGGAAAUCUGGUGAAACAGGAGCUGAAGGAGCGAGAAAUGGUGGAAACUCAAAUCAACUCUGUGAAAUCUUGGGUUCGAGAGACGAAGGAGUAUUUGGAGAAUCCAACAAUAGAAAUAGAUGCUCAACUUGAAGAACUUAAGAUUCUCCUAACAGAAGUCACAAAUCACCGUCAGAAAAUUGAGAUGACGGCUGAAGAACAGAAGACUAAGUACCUGGGUCUGAACACUAUAUUACCUGCGGAACUUUCCCUCCAGCUGGCCGAAGUGGCAUUGGACCUCGGGACCAUCCAUGAUCAGAUCCAGGGCAAAGUAAAAGAAGUUGAACAGAGCAAGGCCAUGAGCCAGGAAUACAACCAGCAAAUACAGAAGGUAGCCAAAGACCUCACGACUAUUCUAACAAAGCUGAGAGCUAAGACUGAUGAUUUAGACCAAGCUAGAACUGACCAAAAGGCACUAGGAGAGGAGUUAGAUGGCUGUAACCUGAAGCUAAUGGAAUUAGAUGAGGCGGUGCAGAAAUUCUCAGAAGAGAAUGGCCAGCUUGGUAAGCCACUGGCCAAGAAGAUAGGAAAGGUGACUGAACUUCACCAGCAAACCAUUAGACAGGCUGAGAACCGGCUCUCCAAGCUCGGUCAGGCAGCAUCCUACUUGGAAGAUUACAAUGAAAUGCUCAAGUCAAUUUUGAAGUGGAUUGAGAAAGCUAAGGUCUUGGUACAAGGAAAGAUCGUGUGGAAUUCUGCAAGCCAACUUCGGGAGCAGUACGUUUCACAUCAGACGCUGCUGGAAGAAUCAGAAGCAAUUCAUGGUGACCUGGAAAUGAUGGCUGAGAAAAUCCAGUGUCUCGCCAGUGUGUACUGUACAGAAAAACUGUCUCAGCAAGUGGCAGAACUGGGACGGGAGACUGGGGAGUUACGGCAGCUGCUCAAAACACGUCUGCAGAGCCUCCAGGAUGCUGCCAAGGACAUGAAAAAAUUCGAAACUGAGCUUAGAAACUUACAAGCUGCCUUAGAGCAAGCCCAGACAACCCUGACUUCCCCGGAAGUAGGUCGGCUGAGUCUUAAGGAGCAGCUGUCUCAUCGACAGCAUCUGCUGUCUGAGAUGGAAUCGCUCAAGCCCAAGGUCCAGGCGGUGCAGUUAUGCCAGAGUGCGCUCCGGAUCCCUGAGGACGUGGUCACCAGCCUGCCCCUGUGCCACGCUGCCCUGCGCCUGCAGGAGGAGGCCAGCCGGCUGCAGCACUCGGCCAUUCAGCAAUGCAACAUCAUGCAGGAGGCCGUGGUACAGUAUGAACAGUACGAGCAGGAAAUGCAGCACCUCCAGGAGCUCAUCGAAGGUGCUCACAGAGAGAUCGAGGAUAAACCUGUGGCCAGCAGUAACAUCCAAGAGCUGCAAGCCCAGAUUUCCCGGCAUGAGGAGCUGGCUCAGAAAAUCAAGGGCUACCAGGAGCAGAUCGCUUCCCUGAACUCCAAGUGCAAGAUGCUGACGAUGAAGGCCAAGCACGCCACCAUGCUGCUCACAGUGACCGAGGUGGAGGGGCUGGCGGAAGGCGCCGAGGACCUGGCCGGGGAGCUCCUCCCCGCGACCUCAGCCCACCCCUCUGUGGUCAUGGUGACUGCAGGUCGCUGUCACACUUUGCUGUCACCUGUCAAUGAGGAAUCUGGGGAGGAGGGAACCAACAGUGAGAUUUCUUCUCCACCUGCCUGUCGCUCCCCUUCACCUGUGGCUAAUCCAGAGGCUUCUGUUAACCAGGACAUUGCUUAUUACCAAGCGUUGUCUGCCGAGGGCUUGCAGACAGAUCCCGCCAGCAUUCUCCCCAUGACUUCUCCCGCGCAGGAGUUGUAUGAGCCAGGACUGGAACCAGCUGCCACUGCUAAACUCGAUGAUUUGCAGCGUUCUUGGGAAACCUUAAAGAAUGUGAUCAGUGAGAAGCAGCGGACGCUCUAUGAAGCUUUGGAACGCCAGCAGAAGUACCAGGAUGCCCUCCAGUCCAUCUCCACAAAAAUGGAAGCUAUCGAGAUGAAACUCAGCGAGAGCCUCGAGAGGGGUAGAAGUCCCGAGAGCCAAAUGGCCGAGCAUCAGGCGCUGAUGGACGAAAUUCUGAUGCUUCAAGAGGAAAUCAGUGAGCUGCAGUCGUCCCUGGCGGAUGAGCUGGUGUCCGAGUGCCCAGAGUCAGACCCCGCCGAGCAGCUGGCCCUGCAGUCCACACUGACCGUCUUGGCCGAGCGCAUGUCCACCAUCAAGAUGAAGGCGUCAGGAAAGCGACAGCUUUUGGAGGAGAAACUGAAUGAGCAGCUAGAGGAGCAGCGGCAGGAACAAGCUCUGCAGAGGUACCGCUGUGAGGCUGACGAGCUGGACCACUGGCUCCUGAGCACGAAGGCCACGCUGGACGUGGCGCUGGCCACUCCCACGGAGCCCAUGGACAUGGAGGCCCAGCUGGUGGACUGCCAGAACAUGCUGGGGGAGAUCGAGCAGAAGGUGGUGGCGCUGUCAGAGCUGUCGGUGCACAACGAGAACCUGCUGCUGGAGGGGAAGGCGCAUACCAGGGGCGAGGCUGAGCAGCUGGCCGGGAAACUGCGCACACUCAAAGGGAGCCUCCUGGAGCUGCAGCGCGCCCUGCACGACAAGCAGCUCACCAUGCAGGGAACAGCACAAGAGAAAGAGGAGAAGGAAGCGGACCUCGCGACCACCCAGUGUCCCGGAGUCCAGGAAUGGUUGGCCCAGGCCCGUACCACGUGGACCCACCAGCGUGAGAACAGCCUCCAGCAACAAAAAGAGUUAGAACAAGAAUUAGCUGAGCAGAAGAACCUUCUGCGGUCAGUAGCCAGCCGCGGAGAGGAAAUUUUAACCCAACACUCGGCAGCAGAGGCCACUGGUGGCACUGGCGAAAAACCUGAUGUGUUGUCCCAGGAGGCGGGGCUGGAAGGUGAGAAGUCACCCGCUGAAGACCGGAUGAGAAAGAAAUGGGAAAGCCUACAUCAAGAGUUUAGCACCAAGCAGAAAUUACUGCAGAAUGUUCUGGAACAGGAGCAAGAGCAAGUGCUUUUCAGCAGACCAAACCGGCUGCUGGCAGGGGUACCACUGUACAAAGGGGAUGGGCAACCGCAAGAUAAAUCUGCAGUGACGUCUCUGCUGGAUGGACUGAAUCAGGCCUUCGAGGAGGUCUCUUCCCAGGGGGGAGGGACAAAGACACAAAAUAUUCAAUUGGAGCGUCAGUUAUACGAUGGGGUCUCGGCCACCUCUACAUGGUUGGAUGAUGUUGAAGAGCGUUUAUUUGUUGCUACGGCACUUUUACCGGAAGAGACAGAAACCUGCAUUUCCACGCAAGAGACUCUUGCCAAAGAUAUUAAGGAAAUGUCUGAAGAAAUGGACAAGAACAAGAACUUGUUUUCCCAAGCAUUUCCAGAGAAUGGAGAUAACCGUGAUGUUAUUGAAGAUACUCUGGGUUGUCUAGUGGGUAGAUUGUCCUUGCUGGACUCAGUAGUAAAUCAGCGAUGCCAUCAGAUGAAGGAGAGACUCCAGCAAAUACUCAGUUUCCAGAAUGACCUGAAGGUGCUGUUUACAUCACUGGCUGACAACAAGUACCUUGUUCUACAGAAACUGGCAAAUGUGUUUGAACAGCCCGUGGGGGAGCAAAUUGAGGCAAUACAGCAGGCGGAAGAGGGCCUGAAGGAAUUGGAUGCAGGGAUCCUUGAACUGAAGAGGCGAGGUGACAAGUUACAGAUCGAGCAGCCUUCUCUGCAAGAACUCUCCAAGCUCCAGGACAUGUAUGACGAGCUGAUGAUGACCAUUGGCUCCCGGCGGGCUGGUCUGAACCAGAACCUUGCCCUCAAGAGUCAGUAUGAAAAGACCCUGCAGGAUCUGGCUGACCUCCUCCAGACUGGACGCGAGAAGAUGGCAGGAGACCAGAAGGUUAUCGUGUCUUCCAAAGAGGAAGUCCAGCAGCUUCUUGACAAACAUAAGGAAUACUUCCAGGGGCUGGAGUCUCACAUGAUCCUGACAGAAACGCUCUUCAGGAAGAUAAUCAGCUUUGCUGUCCCACGGGAAACGCAGUUUCAUGCCGAGCUGAUGGCGCAGGCUUCCUCGGUGCUGAAAAAGGCUCACAAGAGGGGUGUGGAGUUGGAGUACGUUCUGGAGACCUGGUCCCAUGUUGAGGAGGAACACCAGGAGCUCAGCCGGCAACUGGAGGUGGUGGAAGGCAGCACCCCGAGUGUGGGUCUGGUGGAGGAGAGUGAGGACCGCCUAGUCGACAGAAUCGCGCUCUACCAGCAUUUGAAAGCCAGCCUUAAUGAAGACCAGCCUAAAUUAUAUCAGGUAUUAGACGAUGGGAAACGACUUCUCAUCUCCGUUAGCUGCUCAGAGCUUGAAAGUCAGCUCAAUCAGCUCGGAGAGCGCUGGUUAAAUAACACCAACAAAGUGUCCAAGGAGCUCCACAGACUGGAAACGAUACUGAAGCACUGGACCAGGUAUCAAAGUGAAUCUGCAGAACUCAUUCAAUGGUUGCAGUUUGCAAAAGACAGGCUAGAAUUUUGGGCUCAGCAAUCAGUAACUGUCCCCCAAGAACUGGAAAUGGUGCGUGACCACCUGAAUGCUUUCUUGGAGUUUUCCAAAGAAGUGGAUGCCAAAUCUGCCCUGAAAUCAUCGGUUCUGAGCACGGGGAAUCAGCUUCUUCGGUUGAAGAAAGUGGACACGGCUGCCCUGCGUUCUGAGCUGUCGCACAUUGAUACCCAGUGGACAGACUUGCUGACCAAUAUUCCUGCAGUCCAGGAGAAGCUCCACCAGCUGCAGAUGGAUAAGCUACCUUCUCGUCAUGCUAUUUCUGAAGUCAUGACUUGGAUUUCUCUCAUGGAAAAUGUUAUUCAAAAGGAUGAAGACAAUAUAAAAAAUUCCAUAGGUCACAAGACAAUUCAUGAAUAUCUUCAGAAGUAUAAGGGUUUUAAGAUAGACAUUAACUGCAAGCAGUUGACAGUGGACUUUGUGAACCAGUCUGUACUACAGAUCAGCAGUCAGGAUGUGGAAAGUAAACGCAGUGAUAAGACGGACUUUGCCGAGCAGCUUGGAGCGAUGAAUAAAAGUUGGCAAAUCCUGCAGGGUCUGGUGGCUGAGAAGAUCCAGCUGUUGGAGGGUUUAUUGGAGUCUUGGUCAGAAUAUGAGAAUAACGUGCAGGGUCUGAAAACAUGGCUUGAAGCCCAGGAAAAGAGACUGAUGCAGCAGCACCGGAUCGGAGAUCAGGCUUCAGUUCAGAAUGCACUGAAAGACUGUCAGGAUCUAGAGGAUGUGGUUAAGUCGAAAGAAAAAGAGGUAGCGAAAGUUGAACAGAACGGACUUGCUUUGAUUCAGGACAAGAAGGAAGAAGUUUCUGGCACUGUCCUGACCACGUUGCAAGAACUCCGCCAAACCUGGGCCGCUUUGGACCUCAAGGUUGGGCAGUUGAAGACGCGACUGGAGUCGGUGCUUGGCCAUUGGAGCCAGCACAAGGCAGCCUGUGAGGAGACUGUCAGUGCCCUCACCGAGGCAAGGUACUCACUGUCCCGCUUCCGCUUGCUCACCGGCUCUUUGGAAGCCGUGCAAAUACAGGUGGACAAUCUUCAGACUCUCCAAGAUGAUCUAGAAAAGCAGGAAAGUUGCCUUCAGAAGUUUGCCUCUGUUACUGACCAACUCUUGAAAGAAUGUCACCCACCGGUGACAGAAAUGCUUACGAAUACUCUGAAAGACACCAAUAUGAGAUGGAACCACUUGUUGGAAGAGAUUGCCGAGCAGCUGCAUGCCAGCAAGAGUCUCCUGCAGCUCUGGCAGAGGUACAAGGACUACUCCAAGCAGUGCGCAUCUGCGGUCCAACAGCAGGAUGGACGCACCCAGGAGCUCUUGAAGGCCGUCUCCGACAAGGACGUUGCUGAUGACGAAGUUGCCACAUGGAUUGAAGACUGCCAGGACCUCCUCAGAGGCCUGGGCACAGUAAAGGAUUCUCUCUAUGUCCUCCAUGAGCUGGGCCAGCAGCUCAAGCGGCAGGUGGACGCAUCAGCAGCCUCAGCCAUUCAGUCGGAUCAACUCUCUUUGAGUCAACAGUUAAGUACCCUGGAGCAGGCUCUUUGCAAACAGCAGACUGCAUUGCAGGCUGGAGUUGUUGACUAUAAAUCAUUUACCAAGAGUUUGGAUGGUUUGGAGACCUGGAUUGUGGAAGCAGAGGAAAUACUCCAGGGACAAGACCCAAGCCACUCUUCAGAUCUCUCCAUCAUCCAGGAAAGGAUGGAGGAGCUGAAGGGACAGAUGUUAAAAUUUAGCAGCAUGGCCCCGGAUUUAGACCGUCUAAAUGAGCUGGGAUACAGAUUACCCCUGAAUGAUAAGGAAAUCAAAAGGAUGCAGAAUCUGAACCGGAACUGGUCUCUGAUCUCUUCUCAGACAACAGAAAGAUUCAGUAAGCUGCAGUCCUUCCUGCUUCAGCAUCAGACUUUCUUGGAAAAAUGUGAAACGUGGAUGGAAUUCUUAGUUCAAACAGAGCAGAAGUUGGCAGUGGAGAUUUCGGGGAACUAUCAGCAUCUUUUGGAGCAGCAGAGAGCACAUGAGUUGUUUCAAGCUGAGAUGUUCAGCCGUCAGCAGAUUUUGCACUCGAUUAUUAUUGAUGGACAGCGUCUCCUCGAACAAGGUCAAGUUGAUGACAGGGAUGAGUUCAGCCUGAAGCUGACGCUUCUCAGCAAUCAGUGGCAGGGCGUGAUCCGCAGGGCCCAGCAGCGACGUGGCAUCAUCGACAGCCAAAUCCGCCAGUGGCAGCGCUACAGGGAGAUGGCGGGAAAGCUGCGGACAUGGCUGGCUGAAGUGUCCUCCCUGCCCCAGAGUGGCCUUGGCAGUGUCCCCAUACCGCUUCAGCAAGUGCGCACCCUCUUCGAUGAAGUGCAGUUCAAAGAAAAAGUGUUCCUGAGACAACAAGGGAGCUACAUCCUCACAGUGGAAGCUGCCAAACAGCUUCUGCUCUCAGCCGACAGUGGGGCCGAGGCCGCCUUGCAGACUGAACUCACUGAAAUCCAAGAGAUGUGGAGGUCCGCCAGCAUGCAGCUAGAGGAGCAGAAGAAAAAGCUGGCCUUCCUGCUGAAAGACUGGGAAAAAUGUGAGAAAGGAAUAGCUGAUUCUCUGGAAAAACUACGAAUGUUUAAAAAGAAGUUUUCUCAGCCUCUACCAGACAACCAUGAAGAGCUUCACGCGGAGCAGAUGCGUUGCAAGGAAUUGGAAAACGCAGUGGGGAGCUGGACAGAUGACCUGGCGCAGCUGACCCUGCUGAAGGACACCCUCUGCGCCUACAUCAGUGCCGAAGACAUCGCCAUCCUCAGGGAGCGCCUGGAGCUUCUGCAGAGGCAGUGGGAGGAGCUAUGCCACCAGCUCUCCUUACGACGACAGCAAGUGAGCGAGAGGUUGAAUGAAUGGGCAGUGUUCAGUGAGAAGAACAAGGAACUUUGCGAAUGGCUGACUCAGAUGGAGAGCAAAGUUUCCCAGAAUGGAGACAUUCUCAUUGAGGACAUGAUAGAGAAGCUGAAGAAGGAUUAUCAAGAGGAAAUUGCUGCAGCCCAAGAGAACAAAAUUCAGCUCCAGCAAAUGGGAGAGCGACUGGCGAAGGCCAGCCAUGAAAGCAAGGCAUCUGAGAUUGAGUACAAGCUGGGAAAGGUCAACGACCGCUGGCAGCAUCUCCUGGACCUCAUGGCGGCCAGAAUCAAGAAGCUGAAGGAGACUCUAGUGGCCGUCCAGCAGCUCGAUAAGAACAUGAGCAGCCUGAGGUCGUGGUUGGCUCACAUUGAAUCAGAGCUGGCCAAGCCGAUCGUCUAUGACUCCUGUGACUCCGAAGAGAUCCAGAAGAAGCUCAAUGAGCAGCAGGACCUUCAGCGAGACAUCGAGAAGCACAGCACAGGCGUGGCCUCUGUGCUCAACCUGUGUGAAGUUCUCCUGCACGACUGUGAUGCUUGUGCCACGGAUGCCGAGUGUGACUCCAUCCAGCAGGCGACUCGAAACCUGGACCGCCGAUGGAGGAACAUCUGCGCCAUGUCUAUGGAGCGCAGGCUCAAAAUCGAAGAGACCUGGCGAUUGUGGCAGAAGUUUCUGGAUGAUUAUUCUCGUUUUGAAGAUUGGCUGAAGAUUUCCGAAAGGACAGCUGCCUUCCCCAGCACUUCUGGGGUGCUCUAUACAGUUGCUAAGGAAGAGCUCAAGAAAUUUGAGGCCUUCCAGCGCCAGGUCCACGAGAGCCUGACUCAGUUAGAACUCAUCAACAAGCAGUAUCGCCGCCUGGCCCGAGAGAACCGCACUGACUCAGCCUGCAGCCUGAAGCAGAUGGUGCAUGAAGGCAACCAGCGAUGGGACAACCUGCAGAAGCGGGUCACCUCCAUCCUGCGCAGACUCAAGCACUUCAUUGGCCAGCGUGAGGAGUUUGAGACAGCCCGGGAUAGCAUCCUGGUGUGGUUGACAGAGAUGGAUCUGCAGCUCACCAACAUUGAGCAUUUUUCUGAGUGUGAUGUCCAGGCUAAAAUAAAGCAACUCAAGGCCUUCCAGCAGGAAAUCUCCUUGAACCACAACAAGAUCGAGCAGAUCAUCGCACAGGGAGAGCAGCUGAUGGAGAAGAGUGAGCCCCUGGACGCGGCCGUCAUCGAGGAGGAGCUGGACGAGCUUCGUCGCUACUGCCAGGAGGUGUUCGGGCGCGUGGAACGCUACCACAAGAAGCUGAUUCGCCUGCCUCUCGCAGACGAUGAGCAUGACCUCUCGGACCGGGAGCUGGAGCUGGAUGACUCCGCCGCCCUCUCCGGCCUGCACUGGCACCCGACCUCUGCCGAUGGCGGCCCGUCCCCACAGCCCUCCUCCAACCCCUCCCUCUCGCUCGCGCAGCCCCACCGCAGCGAGCCCUCCGGCCGGGACACCCCCGCCAGCGUGGACUCCAUCCCCCUGGAGUGGGACCACGACUACGAUCUCAGCCGGGACUUGGAGUCGGCCGUGUCCGGAGCACUGCCCUCGGAGGAUGAGGAGGGGCCCGAAGACAAAGACUUCUUCCUGCGUGGAGCCGUGGGCCUGGCAGAUGUAACGAUUCCUGAAAGCCCAGAGGCCUAUGUAAAACUCACAGAAAAGGCCAUCCAAAACUCUGCGGGAGAUCCGAGUGCCUUGGAGUCACAGAUCCGACAACUGGGCAAAGCCCUGGAUGAGAGCCGCUUCCAGAUGCAACAAACCGAGAAAGUCAUCCGCAGCAAAACUCCCACGGGUCCCGAGCUCGACUCCAGCUACCGAGGCUACAUGAAGCUGCUAGGUGAAUGCAGCGGCAGUAUUGACUCGGUAAGGAGACUGGAGCACAAGCUCAAGGAGGAGGAGCAGAACUUCCCUGGCUUUGUAAACCUGAACAGCACCGAAACCCAAACAGCUGGUGUGAUUGACCGCUGGGAGCUCAUACAGGCCCAGGCCCUGAGCAAGGAACUGAGGAUGAAGCAGAACCUCCAGAAGUGGCAGCAGUUCAACUCUGACAUGAACAGCAUCUGGGCCUGGCUGGGGCAGACGGAGGAGGAGCUGGAACAACUCCAGCGCCUGGGCCUCAGCACUGACAUCCGGUCCAUCGAGCUGCAAAUUAAAAAGCUCAAGGAACUCCAGAAAGCUGUGGACCACCGCAAAGCCAUCAUCCUCUCCAUCAACCUGUGCAGCCCCGAGUUCAUGCAGCAUGGCAGUGAGGAGAGCCAGGACCUGCAGGACCGUCUGUCCCAGAUGAAUGGGCGCUGGGACCAUGUGUGCUCCCUGCUGGACGCCUGGCGGGCCCGACUGCAGGAAGCGCUGAUGCAGUGCCAGGACUUUCAUGAAAUGAGUCAUGGUUUACUUCUUAUGCUGGAGAACAUUGAUAGAAGGAAAAAUGAAAUUGUCCCUAUAGAUUCGAACCUUGAUGCAGAAAUCCUCCAGGAGCAUCACAAACAGCUGAUGCAAAUCAGACGGGAGCUGCUGGAAUCCCAACUCCGAGUGGCCUCACUCCAAGACAUGUCUUGCCAACUGUUGGUGAAUGCCGAAGGCACGGACUGUCUCGAAGCCAAAGAAAAAGUCCAUGUUAUUGGAAACCGGCUCAAACUUCUCUUGAAGGAGGUCAGUCGUCAUAUCAAGGAGCUGGAAAGGCUCUUAGACAUGACAGGCAGUCAGCAGGAUUUGUCUUCCUGGUCCUCUGCUGAUGAGCUGGACACCUCGGGAUCCGUGAGCCCCACAUCUGGGAGAAGCACGCCGAACCGACAGAGAACGCCACGAGGCAAAUGUAGUCUCUCACAGCCUGGACCCUCUGUCAACAGUCCACAGAGCAGGUCCAGAAAAGGUGGCUCCGAUUCCUCCCUUUCUGAGCCUGGGUCAGCUCGCUCCGGCAGAAGCUUCCUUUCCCGGGUCCUCCGGGCAGCCCUGCCUCUGCAGCUUCUCUUGCUGCUGCUCAUUGGGCUCGCCUGCCUGGUGCCCAUGACCGAGGAGGACUACAGCUGUGCCCUCUCCAACAACUUUGCCCGGUCAUUCCACCCAAUGCUCAGAUACACCAAUGGCCCUCCUCCCCUCUGAGCGCCAUCGGCAGCAAUGAUUGUAGUCGAUGAGGGGGUAUGAGGACCCAAAGUUUGGCCAAAGCCCAUGUGAUGUGGCAUCAGCUCGCCUCGAGGUCCCACCCGCAACGUGGCUGGCCUUGGAGGUGGAUGAAGAACACGGACGGGAACAGAUCAAAUAGGCCACGGAAGGUGGGGAAGAAAUGCAGCGUGAGCAAUUCUGAACCUCAGCACUCAAGAGAUUCUGGAGGUGCAUCCUGAUCCAUCAAUUCCCUGGUGCUCCACCGUGGUGCUCCACCCCAGCACCAUGUCCGUACGGAGCCUUCUCCCGGCCCGCCCGUGCUGAAGAGAUUUUCAAUCCUUGUAACAUACGAUUUUUAAGAGCUUAUAGGAGCAUUUCCUUUUUAACUGCUUUUCCUUUAGGGCAUGGGAUUGUCACCUUUGCUUUAGAAGCACCAGCUGUAAAUCUAACGAGGCACUUUUUUUAAAAAAAGAAAAAAAGAAAAAGAUAUAAAGGAAAAACUGGAUGUAAUAAAUAAAAUCAUAGAAGGCUUUAUGUGAAAAAAAAGUUGAAUGUUAUAGUUUAAAAAAAGAUAUUUAUGUAUGUACAGUUUGCUAAAGCCAAGUUUUGUUUGUAUGAUUUAUUUGCAUUUAUUAUAGAUAUUAUAAAAUA